GCUGUUUUGGUAUUCACACGACAUUCAUAAUCAAAGGGAAUAUCGACAUUUCUUGGAUCGACGUAAACAAGUUAUUUCGACAGAAACUAGUUUCUCUGAUAAUGCAAGUUGUGAUAUUCAUGUUUUUCUCAGACGUAUAACUGAUGUAGCCUUAACCAGGAAUCGAAACCGCAACGUUACCAAUUUUCGGCAGGACCUUACUUGUUGCUCCACAGCGAUCGUCAGAGAAAGAUGGAAACAAGCAACAAAUAUGAACAAAAAAGAGACAUCAAAAAUAAGUUUAAUAAUGUGAUUUAAAAAAUGACAUGGCUACAUAUAUUUGAAGAAAUGCAUAAGUUUAAAAUUUGAAGUUUUUUUUUAACGUUAAUUAUUAUUUUGGUUAUUAGUUUUCAAAUUUUAUCGUUGUGGUCCCGACAAAAAUAAGCAAUGAAAUCCUUUGUUUUUAUUUGCUCCGUAACAUGGCAACGUACUUAAGGCACUAAAAACUUUAAAAAAAAAACAUUACCGAAACAACUUUUGUAAACCGUGGAAAGUCACUGGAAGUUUAUUUAUAAGAUAUUUCCAGUUCUUGCAAAAGAAUGGAGAAUACAAAUAAUAAUUUUCUGAAAGAUCAAGUUCAAAGACUGAACAACCACCUCUUGUGGUAUCAAACAAAAUAUGGUUACUGUCAGUUACCUGACAACCAAUUUUCUCCUUGGCUUACAGAAGAAAGGAUAUUGACGCCAUUGCUUACUGAAUAUGAUUAUGUCAACCAGACAUUAGAAGAGCAGCUGAAGCAUUCCUCUGAAGAGUUUAAAUCACUAAAAGAGGACCUACAAAAAGUUUUAAAAGAAAAUGAUGAUUUGAGGAAACUUUUAAAAGAAACUUUAGAAUUGGAAGCUGAUGCUUUACCUGAAAUCAUCAAAGAAACAGACUCUGAUCAGAAAACAGUUGAGAAUUUUAGGAAACAGAUAGCAUUGCUUACAAAGGAAAAAGAAACUGUGACAGAAAUGUACCAAGAAGCUAUGUCUCAAGUGAAGCAGUUAACAUCAGAUUUACAGAAUUUGAAAAGCAACCAGCCAUGGGAUGAUCUUGAGAAGCAGACCAACCGGAUGAAGAACCAAUAUUAUACGUCAGUACAAUCAAUUGUUGCUGAAGUGGAACCUUUACAGAAAAAUCUCAGGGAAAAAGAGAAGGAAGUAAUGAAUUUGAAAGUCAAUAAUGAAACUUUGCAAGCUGCUGUUGAAGAACUCAAACGAAAGCUCAAAUGGAAGGAACAAGAAUUGGUUGAACUGGCCCAGAAAGACUCUAAUUCUGGUGAUGUGGUCACCAAUAUGAAAAGGCAGACAUCAAGUUUAGAAAAUGAUUUAAAAGCCAAAGCUGAAGAACUCAAGCAAUUGAAAGAGAAAAAUUCUGAACUUGAAAAGUGGAUUAUUUUACAGCAAGAGAAAAAUACCACGCUGGAGAAGCAAAUGCAGGAUAUGGUGGAAGACAGGAAAAAUGCUCAGCAAAUUGUGGAAAAUGCAAUUCUAGAUAAAGAUCUGGCCAAAGAAGUUUCCGCUCAAAGACAAGAACAGAUUAACCAUUUACAGAAAGUCGUUGAUGACUUGAUGGAUGAUGUUGGCAAAGCAACCAGAAAAGAGGUAGAUGAUGUGAAAUCUCUUCUCAAUGUCAGGAUUGUAAAACUGAAUGAAAAAGUCCACUUCCUAGAAAUGGAACGUUCUGAGAGGGAAGUCAAUAUGGAAAGAUGUCUGAGAGAUAAAAAAAAUGUUGAGUCAGAAUUGCAAAAUGUCCGUCAAAACUUUGUAGAGGAGACCAAAUCAUUCAAUGAAGUCAAAGAAAAGCUAACGCAGCGUUUAACAGAAGCAUUAAAAUCUAAAGAUGCCACUGAGAGGAAGCUUGACAAAUUUGAACAUCAGCAGGAACGUGAUAAGAAAAAUUUGAACCAGAAAAUAGACCUUUUAAUGAAAGAAAAUGAGAAACUAAAAGAACAAGUGUCUUCACUGAACGGUGACAACAGCCGACUCUCAGAAAGUAAACUUCAGCUGAUCCAAGAAAUUAACGAACUAAAAGCGAAUAUCUUACAGGCAAACAACGAACGGGAUGAGAUACAGCGCAACAUGCGUAAGAGGAUUGCUGUUAUGAAAGAGGAAAUGUCUUCCAACUCACAAGAUUUUGAAUUGAAACUGCAGAGUUUCGAAGAUGGAAAUCAUUACACUAUGGUGGAAUUAAAGAAGCUUCUCAAUUCACAGAAAAUAAUUAGCAGAAGAUGGAAAGAAGAAUGCAGUACGAUUUCAAAGAAAUAUGAUGAGAAAAUAGCACAAAUUCGAUCUGAGCUGAAACGUUACAAAACUCGCAACUCUGAACUGAAAUCUUCUUUGCAAGAAUGUCAAGUAAAGAUGACAGAGAGUGGACAGGUUUUGAAAGAUUACACUGCCAAAAUACAAAGAAUGGAAAGUCAUCUGAGAGAAGCUCAAAACAAAGCCAUGGAAUCAGAACGAAAGCUAACACAUUUACAAAUGAAACAUCGAGAAAUUGCAAGUGAAAACAUCUUUUUACUGAACGAAUCUAAUAAAAACGAGAAUAAUUCUGUAAAGUACAGUAACAGCCAUGUAUCAGUGUUAAAUAACAGUGACCAACAGCCAAAUGAAAACGAAUCUGUAUAUGAUGCAUGACGUUUCUUAUAUAAACCUCGUCUGUUUGUAAUAAUACGAGUCAAAUAAUGACACAAAAAAGGCAUUAAAAAUUACUUUGUGAAAAUUUUA